UGGCUGGCGGGACCGAUUAUGCCCGAGUGACGAUGUGGCGGAUUAAAACGAUGCGGAGAGGGAGAGGGAAAGGCAAGAUAUAGCUGCUCGUAUUUUUUGGAAGCUCAUUCACGGCGCCGGAGCGGAGCGGAGCAGAGCCGACCCCCACGAACAACAACAACAGCAGCAAAAACACUCCCAACAAAAUAUUGCUACCCCGAUACUUUUUGCAGGAUAGGAUGUGGCUCUUCGAUAAGAUCAGAGGUUCGGUUGAAAACUUGAAUCGCGCUGGCGACGCUGGCGGCCGGGACAAACAGCCCAAGGGUCCCCUGUUCAGCAACGUGUUGACUCCGGACAAAAUCCCCGAUUUCUUCAUCCCUCCCAAGUUUCCAAUCAGCUCGGCCGAAGGAGCGCCGGCCGAGAAUGGCGAGAACCGGCAGAAGAAGUCAAACUUGAAGGCGUCCACCUCCGAGCAGAUCUUCGUGGUCAAAAAGCCACAGGGGAGCCCGAGGCUGAAGAUGAAAACGUCCUCCGAGGCUGGCAGCAGCAACCUGCUGAAAGUGGCCAACAGGCACAUCAUUCAGAUCGAGAGUGCCGACGAAACCAGCUCCGAUGGCGUGGCCGAGACUGGCUGCAACACCAAUUAUGACCCACAUUCGCAAAGUGCCAUGUCCCUGCCUUACAUCCCGCUAACCCAGACCUCCUACGGCUUCUCCACCUUAGUGGAGAGCCCACACACAAGACGGAAGGAGUCACUCUUCCACACCGACCACGGCAGCCCCGUCACCUCGCCCAGCUCGCCGAGGAAGCGGGGAUCUGGCCACAGAAGCAACGGCGAGAGCCAGCACCUCAACCCGCCAGAGUUCAGCCUGUCCCUGGCAAGUACCUACAGAUACUUUAGCGGUGGCGACAGCGACACCGCUUCCUCCGCUGAGUCCUCCCCCUUUAACUCGCCCCUUCUCUCCCGCUCGGUCUCCGGGUCGUCUCUGCUCAAGAUGUUCAGCCACGAGAACCUGGCCAAGCACUGCAAACCUCUGCAGUCCUUCACCCGCAACAGCUCCUUGUCCACGGACGAGUGCAGCUCCACGGAUGCCAGUCCCAACAUCUCCAAGAGGCUCAGGUGUCCCACACCUCCAGCUGGUGGGCCUCCAGCAUCACAAGGUGUCCUUCCCUUGAGCUUGCUCCAUUAUCAAGACCGGGUCCACAAGGAGCACACCGUCCGCCUCAACAGAGGGGGUGCCAUCAGGUUGGCCGCUGAGUAUGACAGCACCAAUGCCCGCCUUCGCAUCCGUGUCAUCACUGCCGAAGACCUUUACGACAAGACCUUGGACAACAAGACCAUCAACUGUUGUGUCAUCUUGUACCUGACUCCCGGGAAGGUGCAAAAGCAACGCAGCACCAUCAUCAAGAACAGCCGGAAUCCCAUCUUCAAUGAAGAUUUCUUCUUCGACGGACUCCCACUUGACGAGUUCAAGAGGGCAGCAUUGAAGCUGAAGGUGGUAAACAAAGCCUCCAGCCUCAAGCGCGAUGCGGUCCUUGGUGAAAAAGAACUGAAAUUGUCGUUGCUGCUCCCUUUCGUCUAAUGUUGGCUGGUUCGCUGCCCCUGUCAGGAGAUGAGGUGUCACCUUCCCAUAUGCCGUUAAGAAAAUGGCAUUCUCCUGUCUUUAGCUUAUAUUUGACUAACUUAAAUUGCAUGCCUGACAGACAUCUUGAACGUUCUCAAGAGCUAAAGACAUGGGUGACCAAACUUAGAGAUGAAAGGUGAAUAUCACUUUUACUAGAAUGAGUUUGGCCCUCGGAGAAAGUUCAUAUCUUUUUUUCAACCUAUUAACAUCACUACUGAAUGAGAGCCUGGCAGAGGAAAAGAAGGACUUCACGUUGCGAAGAGGACUUUCCAAGAUGGGACUGAAUGGCAUUGAUAGAGGAGGAGUAGGGUUCUCUCCGCUGAUACUGAUUCACCCUCCAUUGAGCACACCAGUGACAAUUCUGCAUCAAAUUGAUGAAAAGAAUAAUUUUCCUUCCAACAAAUACGAUGAAGAUCCUACAGGGCUUGGCACACAUCCCGUGAGUCAUGAAGCACUUUGCAAUUUCACUAGCGGGUCUGAGAGCUCUGGAACGUCUCACUUGGAGACUUGUACUGUAAGUGGGCAUAUCCAGUACGUAGACUGUGAGGACGUUAUGGUCAACACGGGAGAAUCGAUCUGACACUCGUCCCUCCUGACUCAAGGCAAGAUGCCAAGUUGAAGACGGGUCACAAAUGUGAAAGGGAGGAAUGAGUCACAUGAAAAACAUGAGAUGUAAUAAAUUUUUGUUAAAGUUUUUGAGACUGGAAUGUACAUAUUGAGAAAUGAAUGUAAAAUGAUGUUCCCUCAUCAUACAUGAGGUGUGCUUCAUGCUGGCCUGGAUAUAAAAUACAUCAGUAACAAUUUGACUCAAUAAUGAGUACAUACUGUAUGAAUAUGGUUAAUUGCAGAAAUGUGACACAAGUUCUUUUACUUAACAAUAGUUUGAUAAACUACCUACUGCCACAGAAAAGUUUUGGAUUAACAUUCUCACUGAAGGGAAACUUCCAUUAUUAUGUACAGGUGUUAUUAUGACUUGUAUAUUAUGAAGUCUGAAGAAGGGUCCCAACCCGAAACGUCACCUAUCCUUUUUCUCGAGAGAUAUUGCCUGACCCGCUGAGUUACUCCAGCAUUUUGUGUCUAUCUUUGUUAUAAACCAGCAUGUGCGGUUCUUUGUCUCUACUCUUGCAUUAUUAUCCGUUUGCUUCUGGCGGAUUCUUUUGUAAAUGGAUAUGUGGUAUUAUCAAUGUAACACUGCCUGAUUAUAGUAUGUCCAUGCUCAAAUGUGGCUUCAUAGAGGUGAGUUUCUAAAUAGCAUUUGAUAGAUUGGUAUUUCUGUAUCGCACAGAAAUACUGUUGUGUGCAUGCUUGGUGAGAAACAAAUAAAGCAUAAUGCCCAUCACUGUCAUCGACUGAGAAAGUUAUAGUGAAAUUCAGAUUGCAGCUGGAUUUUUUUGUGUUUGCACAGAGAAGCCCAUAUAUCUUCAUUAGUCCCUGACUUACAGUGGCAAAAUCAAAUUUGUAUUGAUUUAUUUAUUUUCAUCAAUCUUAAUGGUGGGGAGAUGGACUUAGCAUUGCACCAAUAAAGGAUUUGAAAUUGCCUUGGAAAAUAAUUCAUGUCAGUGAAAUUCAUUGUGUCUUUAUUCAGCUGUAUUUAUUUCAGACUGAAUUAAUGAAAGCAGAGCUGAAAUUAAAUUAGCAUGGCAAAAUCACCUGGGACUCAACGCCAAUGCAAAAAUGAUAGCUUUGGCAUUUGAAAGUCAUGUUUAAAUUAACAAUAACUUGCUCAAUUCUGCAA